CUACCAAUUUAUCAAGAGAUUAAAGGCUGCCCUCCUGCAUAUCUACACACAUCUGAUAAGAACAGCCCAUGUAUUCAAAAUACAAAAUAUAUGCUUCUAGGUUUUGAAUUACAAGUGAUAAUUAGAUAAAUCUAGUCUGAGAUGAGCAGCGAAAAUAAUGAUGGGCGAGAUGAGAAUUCAUGGCCUCAAUCAAAUAGAAACAAUAACAAUAAAGCUACCAAAGAGUCUGAGGAUAUGCGUUUAUGGGGUAUCUUGAUUUUUGGUUUUAUUGGAGCUAGUGUUACUACUUUGGCUGUUAGGCAGUUGCGGGCAACAGUUGAUUGGUUCAGUGCUCAGAUGACCAGAUCUCAGUCAUCGUGGAGAACAGCAAAAGGUGGUACAUUCCGCACAAGUUUUCAGGAGGAAGCAUGGAAAAGAUAUAAUCGACGAAUGCAGGAAGAAUACGAAGAAGAACUGGAAAGAGUGGAACGCAUAAGACGCAUGCAGAGUGUCUUCAAUAGAGAGAGAAACAAACAUAAAAGAGGGUAUGAGAGCUGGAGGGAAUAUGGCCCCGGUCAAUAUCAUCAGCAUUUCCAGAGGGACGAUUGGUACUGGAAGACAGACACAUCAACUAGAGAUCGAAGGAGUAACUAUGGUCAGACUCCACAAAAUAACAUAAGUUAUUCAUUGUCCCACCACUACACAGUUUUGGGUCUAGACAGGUCGAGGACAAAACCAUACACAGAAGAUGAGAUAAAGACUGCAUUCCGGGUCAAAGCAAAGCAGUUCCAUCCAGAUCAGAAUCAGGAUAAUAAAGUUGCUGCUGAAGAGAAAUUUAAGGAGGUUAUGACAUCUUAUGAGGCUAUAAAAUCAGAAAGGAAAGACAAGAAGUAACGGCAUUACAGAUAUCGUAGUACUUGAACAGUCUGCUGUUUCCAAUACUUUUCUAGCUCAGGAAAUCGGGUAGUUUUCACGGCGACAGAUGUUAUUAUGGUAGCCACUUAGUUGAGAUUCCUUGUUGUAAUUGUAGGGUUCUCUCAAAUUUUUGGAUAUGGAGGAGAGGUAUCUGUAUAUUAUUUCAAAACUUCUCUGAAGUUUCUUGUAUAUUACUUAUAAUAAAACUUCUCCGGUCUCCGCAUUUGCAACUAUUUGAACAAGCAUAACAGUCCUUGUUCCAUAACAUACAUGUAUAUGUAGCCUGUGCUCCUGUAGUAUUUUUGGAACACUCUGAGUUUGAGCAAUAAUUCUACUUCACAAUGUCUUUAUUGAAUGAUGAUACAGUCAUAGAA